AUGGCACUGCCAGCUACGAACGUUUUGCGCAUCGUGACAUGUUUAUGGUUCACCUCCAUGUUCUUCACAGCCACCGCUCAGAGUAACGGGAUCGGUACGUUCUACACUCCACCGUACCAGCCCUCCGCUUGUUAUGGAUUCGAAGACCAAGGGAUGAUGAUAGGUGCGGCGAGCAAAGCACUUUGGAACGACGGUGGAGCUUGUGGCCAAUACUACCAAGUCAAGUGCGUCGGUGCGAGGAACCAAGGCGUUCCGAUGCCAUGCUACGGAAGCGGGACCGUGGUGGUGAAGAUUGUGGACCGCUGCCUGCCCAAUUUGUGUCGGGGAACGAUUGAUUUCUCGCAAGAAGCAUUUGCAUCAAUAGCAGAUCCCAAUGCUGGCGAUAUCAACAUACAAUACCAACAGUAUGUGACCCUUUUUUAA